CCAAUCUCCACCUCCACGCAACGGUAAUAACUUUGGUUUUCAAUUUCGAAACUCAACAAUAAGGUCAAUAUCGCUUCAAUCCAGGGGUAAUUUGUUGCAAACUUCGACAGUUGAUCAUCAACACCAAAGAUGGAGAACGGACAAUACGUGGACGGGAGUUUAUGGUUCUAUGCUCCCACCAAAGGAGCACCUGUCGUGUGGGCUUUGCUCUUUCUCAUUUCAGGAAUCACCCAUGCAUGGCAAUGCAUACAUUUCAAAUGCUGGAAGGUUACAGGCAUCUUACCAUGGUCUGCGUUACUCUUCGUUGUCGGAUAUUCAUUCCGUGAAUAUGGAGCCUACCAUUUCGAUUAUAUUGACGUUUUCAUCGUCAGUCUCGUUUUCACUUAUGCAGCGCCACCCCUCUACGAACUAUCAAACUACUUCGUUCUCUCUCGAAUCCUCUAUUAUGUCCCAUACCAAUCACCAAUCCACCCGGGCCGAGUCCUCAGUACCUUCGGAGCCCUCUCCACCAUCAUCGAAGCACUUAACGCCAACGGCGCCGCCUACGUCGCGAACAGCUCCCUCUCAAAAUCCAAGCAAAACACCGGCAAAACACUUCUGAAAGUCGCUCUCUGCCUACAACUCGGCGUUCUGGGCUGCUUCGUCCUCCUCGCCGCAUUCUUCCACCGAAAAUGCAAGAAAGCCAACAUCCUCCCCUCAAAUCUGCGUGCCGCACUCACGACACUAUACAUCUCCUCCGCUCUCAUCGGAGUCCGGACCAUCUACCGCACAGCCGAGUACUUCAGCACCUCCUCGCUCAACUUCUCCGACCCAGACCUGGUACUCUCCUCCAUCACCCCAAUGAUGCGGUACGAGUGGUUUUUCUGGGUCUUCGAAGCGAGUCUCAUGGUGAUCAAUUCGUGUUUGCUGAACGCGAGACACCCAAUGCGGUAUCUGCCGAGGAACAACAAGAUCUAUUUGGCGGAGGAUGGACAGACGGAGAUUUUGGGGGCCGGGUAUGAGGAUAAGAGGAGUUUUUUGGUGACGUUUUUGGAUCCGUUUGAUUUGUGGGGGACGUUGAGGGGGAAAUCGUUGGGGCAGAAGUUUUGGGAGACGCAUGCGGAGGGGAGGGUGGUGGCUGGGGAGCCGGUUGUUGAUAGCUCGCGGGAUCAGGCGGGGGAGGCAGAGAAGGGGCGAUCGGGGCGGCGGUGGGGGCUGAUUGCGUUGAUUCGGAAUAAGUAGUGAUAUGUGGUGAAUUGUUGAUGGGUUGUGCGACUGGUGUGGAGUCUUAUGUAUUGGAUGGCUGUGGGUAUCUUCUUUGCAUUGUGGGAUUUUGGCACACGUGGGAUUCUUUGACUACCUUCUAUUAAUGAUAGCUAGAACAAUUCUAUG